AUGGCUCGUAUAGACGGUAUAAUCAUCCUAGAUCCAAACGGAAAACCCCUCAUCUCAUCUCAUUUCCCCCUUCAUCCGCCCUCAUACCCUUCUCUGCAUAUCGACACGUUCAACUCGGCGCGCAAAAAGGCUAUUGCGGAUGACGAAGCGCUCGACCCGGUGAUAUGGGUCAAUACGUUAUCUAGAGGUGGGGGAAGUAUGUCGGGUGCUGGACUAUGUCAUGUGGAAAGAGAGGGACUGUAUUUUUUAGUUCCAGUUGGACAGGAAGUGAAUCCGUUAUUCGCAUUUUCAUUUUUGGAUUCUUUCCUUGAUACGCUGAGAGAUUAUUUGGGGGAAAUAACAGAGAUUAACAUUAAAGAUAAUUUCGAUAUAAUAUACAUGUUGAUCGAGGAGAUGCUGGAUGAAGGACAUCCAAUGACGAUGGAAACCAACAUGUUAAAAGAGAUCGUCCUUCCUCCAACGUUGAUGAGGAAGUUGCUGAAUGUCGCAGGAGUAUCUGGAUUGCAAGCUCCUACUACGCAGCCGUUCACUGCACCCAUCCCGUGGAGAAGACCAGGUGUGAGGCAUUCGUCGAAUGAGAUAUACUUUGAUAUUGAGGAAUCCAUGGAUGCUUUAAUAGAUAAACGAGGAAACAUCUUAUCGUCAUCUGUAUGGGGUCGAGUAAAUUGCAAUUCCAGAUUAUCUGGUAAUCCAGAUUUGUUAUUGAAUUUUUCCAAUCCAAAGGUCUUGGAUGAAUGUGCUUUUCACCCUUGUAUACGGUACAGUAAAUGGGAAAAGAACCGUAUAUUAUCAUUUAUACCCCCAGAUGGUAAAUUCCGUUUAUUGGAAUAUCAAGCUGUCCCCCCAACAACGGGGAAUGUAAAGAAUCAACUACCUUUGGGGGUAAAGGCCAAUUUGGUAGUUGAAUCUAAUGGAGGCCGUUUCUCUAUAACGCUCACAUCGCGAUUGAACAGUCGUCCAUUAGAGGAUAUUGUCAUUUCAAUCUACCUAGGUAAAGGAGCUACGUCGGUCAGUGCGACUGCUCAAGGGGAUAGGAAACCGCUAGGUAGUAGGAGUGAAGAAGGUGCGGCGGAGGGUUAUGUCGCUGGUGGCAAUUGGGAAUUUGAUCCUCAUACUCAGAUAUUGAAAUGGAAAUUGUCGUCGUUCGUAUCUACGGAGCGAUCACCGACAUUGACAGGAUCAUUCGUUUCUUCCGAGUCGCAACCCACACCAUCCCCUUCCUUCGAAAUAUCAUUCAAUAUCCAACAUCAUUCAUUCUCAAACCUCAGAGUUGAUCAGCUGAAAGUCCAGGGUGAUGUCAUGUAUAAACCUUUUAAAGGUGUCAGACAACUAGCUAGGAGUGGGAAAGUCGAGGUUAGAUGGUAG